AUGAAUGCUAAGAUGGAAGGACAGGCUGAACAUUCUUUUGCUGAUUUACCAUUAAAUGUUCUAAUAUCAAUAUUAUCAAAUUUACAUAUAAAGGAUUUAGAAAAUGUGUCAAAAACGUGCAAGAUUUUGAGAUAUCUUGCAAAUAAAAAAUUAAUCCCUAGAACUGGACAACAACACAGCACAACAGCAAUGGUUAAUUCUAAACGUAAUUCGACAUCUUUAGAUACUGAUAAGGUUGCUAGUAUUAGUAAUGUUUUAUUUACAAUUGCCAAUAGAAAAGUUGUUAUUGAUGUAUUUAAUUUAUUGAAUAAUAAUAGAUCAAUCAUUGAAAGAUUAAAUUAUAAGCAUAGAAUUCUAAUUUUUGAAUCGAUAAAGAAGCUAAGAGUUGAUUAUAAUUUAAUUUAUGAAAAUCCAAUAAAGGAUAAAAUAAAUGAUACAAUAAAUGAAAAGGUAAGUGAGAAAAUAAACAAAGAUGUUGUACCAAGCCCUGACUCUAAACAAGAUAAUGAUGACAGUUUAUUAGACUUUAAUGACACAGUACUAAUACAUAAUGAUUUUGAUCCAAUGAAUUCAAUUAAUAUAAAUGAAGCAGAGUUAAGGACUGAAAAUAAAAAAGAUACAAACUUAAAGACUUGUAUAUAUGGAACUUUAAAUAGCAAACCUAUUGAAUUGACAUCGUUUGAUGCAACAAUUGAAUUAUUUGAUGAUGAUUCAUUUGAAAAUGAACAGAUCGAAGAGAAAAACUUUAAAAAGAUUAAUUCAAUAUAUGAGAUGGAGAGUCAAUAUUCAGAACCAUUAACAAAGUCAUUUUUUUCGACUACAAACAAAAAUACAAAUUUUGAUGAACAAGCCAAGAAUGAAGUGAAUACUAAUUUUACUGAAUCAGUUUUAUCUGCAUCAACAACUAUUAGAAAAGAUUCCUCAAAUAAAGAUAGCAGUACAAAUUAUAAUAAUACUACUUCGACCAUAUCUGAAGUCGAUAAUUUCCCGGAUACUGAUCAACUAUUAAGAUCUAUCAAAUCUAUUAAUGAAUUAAGGACAACAAAAAAAGUUAAAGAGAAGGCUGCCCUUUUUGAAAAGCUAUUUUCAAGGGAAUCUGCAAGCUUAGGUGAUAUACUAAUGAAUAAUGAUACUUAUAAUACAUUGAUUAAUAGUUUGCCAAGUCUUCAGCACUUAGAAGAAAUGGGAGAGGAAGAAAUAAAUAUGUAUAAUACAGAUAAAUCUGGUCUAAUGGAUGAGAAUGAAAAUACUGCAUUGCAUUUACAAAUAGAAUCAGACGAAACAUCUCAUAGAAAUAAGAAAAACAUUUCACAAAACUAUUUAGAUAAUUUAAAGGCGGAACUAGUGAAAUCUAAUAGUCAUGAACAUAAGGAAGAAAUGAAAAGUGAGUCAAAUAAAUUUAUUAGAACGAAGUUAAAGGCAAUAAUAAAUGGUGACAACAAAAUCAGUUACCAGAGAAUAUAA